AAUAAUAACACAGGGGGGGAAACCUACAGAAGCUGCAGCUCGCUCAGUGUGCUUUUGAGAUUACCUUGCCUCCCCGAGAACCUUCACCAUGGUCGACGCCUUCUGUGCCACUUGGAAGCUGGUUGACAGCGAGAAUUUUGAUGAUUACAUGAAAGCACUCGGCGUGGGCUUUGCCACCCGGCAGGUUGGGAACGUGACCAAGCCGACCGUGAUCAUCAGCCAGGAGGGCGACAAGGUGGUGAUUCGCACCCAGAGCACCUUCAAGAACACAGAGAUCUCCUUCAAGCUGGGAGAGGAGUUCGACGAAACCACCGCUGACGACAGGAACUGCAAGUCCAUCGUGACCAUGGAAGGAGACAAGCUGGUCCACGUCCAGAAGUGGGACGGCAAAGAGACCAAGUUCGUCAGAGAAAUCAAGGACGGCAAGCUGAUCAUGAAUCUGACCUUUGAAGACGUCCAUGCGGUGCGCAGCUACGAGAAGGCAUGAGCGCUGCCGACUGACAGCGUCCCAAAACCGGGCCAAGAAGUGUUGAUUUUCUUAAUUAUUAUUGACUGUAUGCUUCUCUUUGCACUCCAUCCUCCUCCGCAUGUACACGGCCUGCAGGCUGCACGUGUUUUGUAAGAAGUCUUUUUUUUUUAUAUAUGAGGAAACAUUUCUGUCGUGAUGGAUGGAUCGUCUUUGCAGCCCUGUGUGAAACAUGAAAUAAAUAAAUAAAUAAAAAAACACAGA